ACUAGCUGACAGAAUAUAUGGCUUUUUUACAUUUUGCGUUUUCAACUGAAUUUACGAAGAAACUGAAGCGUGGUAAACCACUGAAAUCGUAAAUAUCGACAGAAAAGCAAAGGAAACUCGGUGAAGAAGUCGCACGUUGAUCGUUGUGUUUUUUUUCUCGAAAUUUUCUGCAAAAAGCCCGUGCGUGCGUGAGUUUCUCUCGCUCUUCCUUUUUUUCCAUGCGUGUGUGUGGUCGCAUAAAUUUACCGAUAUUUCGCCUGUGAGAGCGAAACGAACGAAAAACGAAAGAAAAAAAAAAGAGGCGAGUAAAGUAAAACGAAACAGGCAUAAAAAACAGCAGCAGUUUUCUUAAUAUAUUGGGCUAAAAAACGCAAACCAAACAGCGAGCAAGAACAACAAAUAGCUGGGCAAAAACAGGACGCACAAAAAAUAAAAUCAAAACGAUAAGAGGCGAAAAGCGGAGAGAGUGAAAUUCUCGGCAGCAACAACGACAAGAACAACACCAGAAGCAGCAGCAGCAACAACAACAACAACAACAAAAGCCGCCACAAUGAGCAAAUCACUCUUUGAUCUUCCGUUGACCAUUGACCCAGAACAUGAGUUGCGUUUUGUAGGUCCCUUCACCCGACCCGUCGUCAGAAUCAUGACUCUGCGCAACAACUCGGCUCUGCCUCUGGUCUUCAAGAUCAAGACAACCGCCCCGAAACACUACUGUGUACGUCCAAACAUCGGCAAGAUAACUCCCUUUCGAUCGACCCAGGUGGAGAUCUGCCUCCAGCCAUUCGUCUACGAUCAGCAGGAGAAGAACAAGCACAAGUUCAUGGUGCAGAGCGUUCUGGCACCCUUGGAUGCUGAUCUAAACGAUUUAAAUAAAUUGUGGAAGGAGCUGGAGCCCGAGCAGCUGAUGGACGCCAAACUGAAGUGCGUUUUCGAGAUGCCCAGCGCUGAGGCAAAUGCUGAAAACACCAGCGGUGGUGGUGCCGUCGGCGGCGGAACCGGAGCUGCCGGAGGCGGAAGCGCGGGUGCCAAUACUAGUUCAGCCAGCGCCGAGGCGCUCGAGAGCAAGCUGAAGCUCUCCAUCGAGGAUAAGUUAAAGCCAUCCAAUUUGCUCGAUACGUCUGAGAGUCUGGAGGCGCUGUCCGGAGAGAUCAAUGCGCUGCGUGAAUGCAACAGUGAAUUGCGAAGAGAGAAUCUUCACUUGAAGGAUCAAAUCACACGUUACCGGAGCUCGCCGGCCGUCAAACAGGUGAAUGAGCCCUAUGCCCCAGUCCUGGCUGAGAAGCAGAUUCCGGUCUUUUACAUUGCAGUUGCCAUUGCUGCGGCCAUCGUUAGCCUCCUGCUGGGCAAAUUCUUUCUCUGAAUGCCAUAAACGAACGCCAGCAACAUGCUACAUGCAACGUGCAGCAACAGUAACAGCAAGAACAGCGGCAACACCAUCAUACAGCAACAACAAAAGCAGCAGUAACUAACAACAGCAACCACAACGAAAGAAGAACAGCAGCAGCAGGAGCAUUAAAAUAUCCUUAAUUGGCAGAAGAAGCAAACCACAGAGACGAAUGUAAAGCUGACUAAACCCGGGGACCGUAUACAUUUAAACGGUUGUAUUAAAAAUCAAAAAUAAUCAUUGUUUGUUAGCGAAACAAGUUUCGCUCAGAAUAGUAUGGAUUAUAAUGUGAGAAAUGUUGUUUGGUUCCAAAAAAUAUUGCUCAAAGUCAGAUUGCAGUUUUUUUUUAAUACGAAUCAUAACAAGACUUAAGUGUAAAGCAUCAUUUUAAGCUGUAUUAACGCUUCGUGUAUUUCAACAAAAAAUAUUUAAGUUUUUGCAAGAUUUCGCUUGAAUUGGUCGCAACCGGACUUUGAGUAACAAGAACAUUUGGGCCCUAUAAAAUCCCUCACAUCAUAAUCAAUACUUAAAAAAAGAAAACAUAACGAAUGAUUACUUUUGGUACCUGGGCUAAACAAAAAAAAAACCAGCAUAGAAAGGGAAAAAUAGGAGAGACUAUCGUAUUUUCGCAAGGGGGAAAAUCUCUCAAGAAAUCUUUUAAAUCCGCUAAGAUCCAUACGUAUAUUUGCUCAGAUUUUCGAUUGCAUUUUUUCGCUAUUAUUAAUUUGUAGAACUUAAGUUUAAAAUGCCUCACAAUUCGUUUUAAUCAUUUUUUUCGAUGAAUUUUCAAAAGGGAAAAGUCAAGUAUUUCAAAGAAUAACCAAAAUUAUCGUUAAUCAUACCUUCUCGACGAAACUAAAAGAAAAACCAAAUUGUUACUUGAGUGCGAGAAUAAACUUUAGUUUUAUCAAUUUAUUUUUUAUUAUUUGCUUUAUUUAAAAAAAUUAAUUUUUUGCAACCACAUAGACCUAGAUGUAAAAUUUAAAUCGAAAACAGAAACGCAAAUGACAUGAAAAAAAAAAACAUUUCGCAAAAUGCAACAAAAAUUAAGAAGAAACACUUGUAUGGAAAACCAAUCAAUGAAACGCUUCAAAAAAAAAAAAAA